AACGGAAGUACCGCAAAGAGGAAAGGACCGCAGAGGAGCGAUGGCGGCGUGUGAAAAAGAUGUAGAUUUGAAAAGGAAAGCUGUGGAAGAUGAAGGUAAAUACGGAGGUGGAGAAAAGGCAAAAGCCCCAAAGGCAAAGAAGCCAAAAGAAGGGGAAGGAGAAGAGGAAGACUGGGUCGGACCGGUGCCAGUCGACACUUCAACGAAGAAGAAGCCAAACGAUGAGGAAGGAGAAGAGGAAGAGUGGGUCGGACCGAUGCCAAGCGAAGCUUCAACGGCGAAGAAGCGAAAAGUUCUGGAAUACGAGCGUGUUUACCUGGGCAAUCUGCCCUCGGCUGCCAUGUAUGAACGCAGCUACAUGCACAGAGACCUCAUCACCCAUUUGGUUUGCUCGAAGACAGACUUUAUCAUCACCGCCAGCCAGGAUGGUCAUGUCAAAUUUUGGAAGAAGAUGGAGGACGAGGGAAUCGAGUUUGUGAAACAUUUCAGAUCUCACCUUGGUGUGAUUGAAAGCAUUGCAGUCAGCGCCGAAGGAGCGCUCCUCUGCUCUGUUGGUGAUGAUCUGGCCAUGAAAGUAUUUGAUGUCGUCAACUUUGACAUGAUCAACAUGCUGAAGUUGGGCUUCCAUCCAGGCCAGUCCGAGUGGAUCUACAAUCCCGGGGAUGCUAUCUGCACCGUGGCUUGUUCAGAGAAAUCCACGGGGAAGAUCUUUGUGUAUGACGGACGGGGAAGCAACGAGCCACUUCAUGUCUUUGAUAAGAUGCACUCUUCACCACUGGCCCAAAUUCGCUUGAAUCCUAAGUUCAGAGUCAUUGUGUCUGCUGACAAAGCAGGAAUGUUGGAAUACUGGACAGGGCUUCCAAAUGAAUUCAAGUUCCCCAAGCAUGUGGACUGGGAAUACAAAACGGACACUGACUUGUACGAAUUCGCAAAACACAAAACGUAUCCAACGAGCCUCGUCUUCUCCCCCGAUGGGAAGAGGAUGGCCACCAUCGCCUCUGACCGGAAAGUUCGUAUCUUCCGUUUCCUAACAGGAAAACUGACGAGAGUGUUUGAUGAAUCGUUGACGAUGUUCACAGAGUUGCAGCAGAUGAGGCAGCAGCUGCCCGACAUGGAGUUCGGGAGGCGGAUGGCGGUGGAGAGAGAACUGGAGAAGGUGGACGGCAUCCGGCUGAUGAAUAUCGUGUUUGACGAGACCGGACACUUUGUCCUGUACGGGACCAUGCUGGGCAUCAAAGUCGUCAACGUGGAAACCAACAGAUGUGUUCGGAUCCUGGGGAAGCUGGAGAACAUCCGUGUGGUCCAGCUGUGUCUGUUCCAGGGUGUUGCAAAGGCCAUGCAAGUCGCGCCAACAGUAGAGAUGAAGGCCUCCGACAACCCGGCCCUCCAGAAUGUGGAGCCCGACCCCACCGUCUUCUGCACCGCGUUUAAGAAGAACCGCUUCUACAUGUUCACAAAGAGAGAACCGGAGGACACGAAGAGUGCGGAAUCGGACAGGGACAUCUUCAACGAGAAACCCUCGAAGGACGAGGUGAUGGCCGCCACUCAGGCUGAAGGCCCCAAGAGGGUGUCUGAUAGCGCCAUCAUCCACACCACCAUGGGAGACAUCCACAUCAAGCUCUUCCCUGUCGAAUGCCCAAAAACGGUAGAGAACUUCUGCGUCCACAGCAGGAACGGCUACUACAACGGCCACAUAUUCCACAGAGUUAUUAAGAGCUUUAUGAUCCAGACUGGAGACCCCACUGGUACGGGCAUGGGAGGAGAAAGCAUCUGGGGAGGAGAGUUCGAGGACGAGUUCCACUCCACGCUGAGACACGACCGCCCGUACACAGUCAGCAUGGCGAACGGAGGCCCCGGCACCAACGGAUCGCAGUUCUUCAUCACCGUGGUUCCAACUCCCUGGCUCGAUAACAAGCACACCGUAUUUGGACGGUGCACCAAAGGCAUGGAGGCGGUCCAGAGGAUCUCCAACGUCAAAGUUAACCCCAAGACUGACAAACCGUACGAAGACAUCAGUAUCAUCAACAUCACAAUUAAAUGAUCGGACACAUAUUCAUGUUUGUGGAGUUAUUAUGCAAAUCUGAGGACUAUUUGAAGUGAGGAAGAAGCUCCGAGCCAAAUGUAUGAUGUCAACCAGUUUAUUUUACAGCAUUACGUUAUGCGUAAUUUACAAAAAAAAACCAUCGUUAAGUUCACCGUAACAAAGGUUUCAGUGCACGUUGUGCUUCUCGGUUCCAGAAAACAAAAGGAAGUGUCUUCAAACUGUGGAAAGGCUCUUCACACGCGCUUUUCUUCUGUAUUUUGAUACAUGGAUGCAAAUAUUAAACAUUACAUAGCAAUGAAUAAAGACCAAACUCAAACGACGGUUCCUCAAUAACAAGAAGUUGUUAGGUUUUAUGUUCUACCAAGUUUCACAUUAAGACUGAUUAACUCAAACGACGGUUCCUCAAUAACAAGAAGUUGUUAGGUUUUAUGUUCUACCAAGUUUCACAUUAAGACUGAUUAAAAGUGUAGCUCUGUUUAA